UCUUCACUCUUCGAAUCCAAACACUGCCCUCUCUAGCUUCCUCUCUGCUUCUCUUGAAUUUUCUUUCUCCCUUCAAUAAAAGAAAGAAAAUUCAAGUCCACCAAUCUUCAAUGGGGUUUCCCGCAGGGUAUCAUGAGGUCUUACUCCCCAAACUGUUCCUCCACCUUCUCUUCCUCCUCGCCUCUCUCCGCUCCGCCGUCUCCUCCCUCUUCCGCCUCCUCCACCUCUCCGACCUCCUCGACACCGACGACCUCGCCGCCGCCUCACCGGACCUCCCCCACCAGACCCCCACCCCUACACUCUCCGCAAUCCUCAUCCGGGAACUCCUCCCCGUCGCCACGUUCCGAGACCUUACCGGAGUACCCUCUCCGGCGGUGGCGGCGGGGUGCGCGGUGUGCCUGUGCGAAUUCUCCGAGGAAGAGGAGAUCAGGUGUAUGGCGAACUGCAGACACAUUUUUCACCGCGCGUGUGUGGACCGUUGGAUUGAUCAUGAUCAGAAAACUUGUCCACUUUGUAGGACCCACUUUGUCCCUCAUCAUAAAAUGGAAGACUACAAUCAACGCCUCUGGGAUGCUUCUGGUGUUUCUCAGUUUUGUACACUGAAUGAUGAAGAUGCUUCCCUUUGAGUUUUUUCUUUUUUUAACUUUUUACUUUCCUUUUUUUACCCCUCAUAAUUUUUAUUUUGGGGGUUUUAUUUCUUUACAUAAAUCCUUUUUGAGGUGGAAUUUGUGGAGAGGGCUAGUCAAUUGUAUAUAAUUAAACCCAAGAAAUGAAAGUGUACCAAUAAAAAGAGAGAAGCUUUUUAUA